AAGAACUUGUUUACGAGCGCGUUGACGUCAUUUCCAGGCUCCAGUCAGCUGCGUGGUUCUGCGCCAGCGGCUUCCGGAGCGAGGGCUGCCAUGGCCGCCCCUACAGGGCCUCCCAGCCCUAUGCAGUCACUUCGGGAAGAAGCAGUAUGUGCCAUCUGUCUGGAUUACUUUAAGGACCCCGUGUCCAUUGGCUGUGGGCACAACUUCUGCCGAGGGUGUGUGACCCAGCUGUGGGGCAAGGAAGAUGAACAGGACCGGGAACCGCCUGCUGUAGGGAACCACGUCAUUAGAGAGGUUUUGUUUCAUAGGUACACAGAACAGGAGGUGUUUCAGCACCGAGCACAUGCUGGACGCUGGGCUGCUCAUAGCCAUAGAAGGCAUCGGGGCAAUGCAGACUCUGUGUGGGAUGAUGAGGAAGAAGACUGGAACAGUUUACAAGGACUGGUACAUGACCUGAGAAUUAGGGUUUUUCCAGAAGAAAGAGAUGAACACCCCCACGAUGGCCACCAGUACCAUCACUAUGGCCGAUACCGCCACCGUCCAGUUUUCCGCCGUGGUCCCCCACAUCCACCUGUGCGUCGGCAGCUCUAUCCAGAUGCCCGACCACGUUCUCCACCUCGAGUACGAUCUCCACCUCGAGUACAUUCUCCACCUCGAGUACGUUCUCCACCUCGUCCCACACCACAGGUCUUCAGCUGCCCACAAUGCCGAAGGACAUUUCCAAGUCGCAGUUUUCGACCCAAUUUGCAGCUGGCCAACAUGGUCCAUAUAAUUCGCCAGAUUUGCCAUACGCCAUGAAAUUAGCAAAGCAUGCAAAUAUGAGGAAACCUGGAGCUCUCCAGUGAGGUAGAAAAAAAGCUCAUCUGUAUGGUGU